CAUAGCUGCCAAGUUAGCAUGGUACCUACUAAGUCGCUCCGUUGAGGACGCAAAUACGCAACAGGCCGAAUCAGUAGGCAAGUUGACUGUCGCGUUUCCCUCCAGCUUCGCUACGUGAGUAUCUGCAAUAUGAACGCGCUUCAGACGCGCUCGAUUGGUGCUGCUACUGCGGCGCAGCAGCUAGGCCAACGCACGCAAGGGCUAAUCGGGACGACGCGCCGGUCGACGCCCUCAAGGAUUGCGACAAAGACCAUGGCUGUCGCUCAGCCGAUUGCUCCAAAGGGUUCCUCUAAUGGAGGAGGACCGGACCGCCUAAUGACUGUCCAUACCAGCCUAGAGGAAAUCAACCGGGCAAUCGCUGCAUGCAUCAAGCAGGCUGCGAAGAUGAGCUCUAUCGAGAAGAUUAACAAGGGCAUUGGCAAGGAGAUCUCCAAGGCCGCCCAAAAGCGAGCCCGCAGCAGCCGCAAGUAGGGUAUGCACGAGCGGAAGGAGCGGACAGCGGAGGAGGACCAUGAUAAGGAGAGGUCAUUUACCCGUUUGGGAAGGCCUUGCUUAGUAAUGCAGUCUGGUUGCAUUAGUAAAUAGUGUACAGUAAAGCGGGUCCUGCUGCCAUCGCAUACACCACAUAGCAAUGACACGUGGAGAUGACACUUGUGGUGAAGAACAAGCUAGCCUUAUUGGAGCUUCACGCGGCUCCUGGGCUUCCGCGGAUGUACACUACCUGUAGGCAGGUACCAGUGGACAUGGGUAGAGGUUCCCCUCGCCGCUAAGUUCCUUUGUUUGCUGCUGCUUAUGUUACAACGACGUAAGAUGGUUCACUGACUGUUUCUUUAAGUAGGGUGAUUGAGGGAGAUGUACAUCAAGGGCGUACUUGUACAGUACCGGUACUGUAGUGUACGGUGAAGAUCGCAAUGUCUGCAGGAUGAUUCAAGCAGGACGACUGCGAGUGUCUCGCGUUGCUAGUGCACUUACUAUGAAUUGCAUCUUCCUAAUAACUGUACCAUUACAAUGCCUGACGUGGAACAGCUCUGGCGACAUUCCCGCCAAAAGAACAGAACCGCAAGGAAACAAAUAUCCUUGACUCAAUCAGAGCUCUGUAACACCUCUGAUUUUCUUGUAUAACACACCGAUACAUGGUUCUGAUGUCCAGCCUCCAAAAAUGACCGGAUGGACGAACAGCAACUAUCCAAAACAGAACAAAUCUGCCAAGCCCGCAGAAAAACCUCUUGCAGCAACUCAGCAAUACAAAAU